AUGCAGAUCCACCUCGACAGCCCCAGCCGGGGGUACCUGCCGGGCGCACUCGUUAAGGGCGAAGUCGAGCUGGACCCCUCGAUGGAUGGCGAAUGCGGCACGCUGAGUAUCAUUUUCAGCGGGAGAUCCAUGGUCGAAUUAAACGCGUGGAGCGUCGGCCCCGGCGACUACGGCACCAGCACGGCGUUUUUGUUCCGGUCCACGCGGACCCUCUACGUGGGUGCGUGGCCCUGCUUUGCGAUGCCGCUGGGCGGCUGGCCGUUUGUGUUUGCGUUUCCGUACCAGCCGCAUCGCGGCCAGUCGUGGCAUGCUUGGACCAGUGCGUCUGUGGAAUCGGGACACCCGAAACAAUGGAGCGCAGUUCAUGCGUCGCGUAGUCUUCCGCGCUCUUUCUCGUACGAUGGGGACACUGUUUGCUCGGCUUUGGUUGAGUAUCGCCUAGAGGCGAAGUGGAUGACCUCGGUCCGCGAGCAGCAAAGAGACUCGGUGUUGUUGCCGUUCGACACCUAUCGAUGGGAUGCGGACCCCGGCGUUGCGCCCGUUGUCAAGACGGAGCAUUUCUCACUUCGGAGCCCGCUGGUGCAGCGUGAAGAACCCGAGAAGUGUCCUCUCACUUUCAGAGACAAGGUGCUUCAGGGCGCCACGCCGCUGAUUGAGCUGGGGCUCAUCUAUAUCUCCGAGAAAUCGACUGCCUCCGAGAUUCCAACGGUGUUUCUUCGAUCGAUUACCGUGGAGUUGGAGCACAGCACGGCGGUGCGAACCCUGCGCCGGGCUGCGAGCCACUCCUUUGUAUCGACGUUGGAUAGUAAAAAGUCGCUGGAGAUUGCGCUGCGGGGAUCAGGGACCGUUGAUAUCGCUGAUAUUCUCGAGUUGAACACAGAGGAUAUCCCGUAUGAUCUAUACACUUUUAAUGUUUCCCAGAAAAACAGUCUGAUUGUGCGCUUUGGCGUGGAAUGCCUGGGGCAACGCUUCGAAUUUCAGCAUACUAGUCGUUUGGCGGUGCUGUCACCCUUCUAUGAAGAGAGCCCGCCGAGUUUCUAG